AUGGCCCAGCCGCCGCCCGACGUCGACGAGGAUGAUUGUCUUCCCGAGUACCACCACCUCUUCUGCCCGGACCUGCUCCGGGACAAAGUGGCCUUUAUCACUGGCGGGGGCUCCGGGAUCGGCUUCCGGAUUGCUGAGGUCUUCAUGCGGCAUGGCUGCCACACGGUCAUUGCCAGCAGGAGUCUGCCAAGAGUGUCGACGGCUGCCGAGAAGCUGGUGGCGGCCACAGGCCGGCAGUGCCUCGCUCUCUGUCUGGACGUCCGAGAUCCCCCGACCAUCGCAUCCGCAGUGGAUGAGGCGCUGAGGGAGUUUGGGAAGAUCGACAUUCUUGUUAACAGUGCUGCAGGAAACUUCCUGUGCCCUGCCAGCGCCCUGUCCUUCAACGCCUUCAAGACCGUGCUGGACAUCGAUGCUGCCGGCACCUUCAACGUGUCCCGCGUGCUCUAUGAGAAGUUUUUCCAGGACCACGGAGGGGUGAUCGUGAACAUCACCGCGACCCUGGGCAGCCGGGGGCAGGUGCUCCAGACGCACGCAGGCACCGCCAAGGCUGCUGUGGACGCCAUGACACGCCACCUGGCUGUGGAGUGGGGACACCGGAACAUCCGUGUCAACAGCUUGGCCCCCGGCCCCAUCAGCGGCACCGAGGGCUUCUGGCGGCUGUGUGGCCCCCAGGCCAGCAGGAUCCUGCACUUCAUCGGCAGCCCCCUGCAGAGGGCAGGGAACAAGACAGAGAUCGCCCACAGUGCUCUCUUCCUGGCCAGCCCUGCAGCGUCCUUUGUGACGGGAGCUGUGCUGGUGGCCGACGGUGGCAUGUGGCUGACCUCCCCCAACAACACCGUGAUGCUGACGGGGUUUCCGUCCUUGCCCGCGAAGCUCUAG